GUUCGAGGAUCUAGUUCGCCAAAAAUACCCUUAACUCAUAAACUCUGUCCCACACUUCCACUUGUUUUUAUUCGAGAGGGUGUUAAAGGAGACGAGGACAUCGAGAAUCUGAAUUCGAUACAAACAAUGAUUUUCUUGAAUUUGAAAUUCAAUGAUGUAAUUAGCUUAGCUUGUAGGUUGUAGGCUUGUAGCAUCGAAUGAUGAGAUGAACUUACGAGAUUCAAUCGAGAAACAGUGUUCUUCACGAGAUGAAUUUGACCAUGAUACUUCGAAAUCCAUAUCGAAAAUGGACCGGUUUUAGGAUAGUACAAGUCUAUCAAUGACCCUUGUAUUAAGGGAUGCCCUGUGGCAGUUAACCCCCUUCCCCUCCCUCUCUUGUCAUUUUCUUCUUUUCUUGAGAGCCCUACAGAUUUUAAGGACUGAAGCCUUGGUUUUACCCUUUCUAUGACCUCUCUCUCAUUGUUUGUUUCUUUUGCUUUCAACUUCGGUUAUAUCGAUCGCCACCUCACCAUCUCUAUAAAUAGUUCUUGCCUUCUGAUCACUGAUAUGAACUCAACCAACACAAAAUAUAAGCUAUCUCUCUCCAUAUCCACUUAGAGGUUAGAAUCUCCAUUUGCUUCAAGGUAUUUGGCUACUCAAGUUCUCUUCAUGUUCCUAAUUCCAACAUAUAUUGUGCCUAAAGUUUGUGAUCACUCUCCCAACUAGGUGCAAGAUGAUCAUCCCCGAUACUACGACUCAGGCACAAGACGAGAAGGUAUCAAUACCCCCACUCUGCCCUCACUACGAUUCUCUGUGGUCUCUCACCCUGGACGAGAUCGAGCUCAAGAGCGGGAGGACCCUCGGAGCCAUGACCAUGGAGGAAUUCUUGUCCAACGUGUGGUGCAAUGCUGAUUCCACCAAUCAAGUUCUGCUGGCACAGCCAAACCCUAACGAUGACGAUGACAGAUCGAGCCAGCAGCAGCAGCAGCCAUAUGAUCAGCAGAGCUCGUCCAUCUCCAUCCCUCCCUCUCUCUGCAACAAAACCGUGGAUGAAGUAUGGUUCCACAUCCAGAGAGAAAUCUUUUCUGGUCCUCAUCACUUGAAUCCCUCCACCACCACCACCAACAACAACAACAACGACAAUGACAGUGAAGUGCUUCACCAUGAGGAACAGCAGUACUCUUUGGGAUCAAUGACGCUGGAAGACUUCCUCGUACAAGCCGGAGCUGUCGUUGAAGAAGCUGCACAACCUGAACCAAGCAACAGCGUCACGAAUGUGAGUGGCGACGGGCAGCCGGAGGUUUUGGUGGAGAGAAAGCAGAGGAGGAUGAUCAAGAACAGAGAAUCUGCUGCAAGGUCAAGGGCUAGGAAGCAGCUGGAAUUUGAGCUGAACUUCCUCAAGCAAGAUAAUACCAGGCUGCAGCAAAUGGUGGAGAUUGAGCAGGCAGCUAGAGAAAAGAUUAUGAAGAUGAUGAAAGGGGCAGCGCGACAGAAAAAGAAGGCCGAUAAGCUAAGGAGCACAGAGAGGACAACAAGCAUCUGAGUUGGUGAAAUGGAAUGCUAGUUAAUUAUGCUACUUAAAUAAAUGUCAUGUAUGGGCAAAACUAGUCAUUAAUAACAUCCACAUGAUAUGUAAUGUGUGUUUAAUAGUUUUGUCUAUAUGACUUGUCACCCCUCUUAUAGAGUAUGUAAUGUAAUGUGUGCAAUAAGAAACUACGAGAUGAAAAGCACAUAAUCUCGUUGGUUGUUGACUCCAAACUUCGAACCUAGAUUGUGGUGAAUGUUCUCAUCUUCGCAUUAUCACUAGAACAAUUUCUUGGAGAUUGAAAUGCACUUAAUCUUGACUAAUGGAAUGCAAGAUCUGUUCUUAGUUUGCAUUGAUAUCCCUUUUUCGUUUGCACAAUGUUUAAAGUGUUCCGAAUUCGAAUAAUUUCACCAUCGUCUACCCGGUCCAAAAAAGGUUAAUGUAAGUCAUCUAAGCACCCCCAACAACAUCAUUGGAGAGGAAGUAAUUACAAGCUUUCAGUAAAUGGACAACUAGAGAAAUAAGACCAUUCGUGUUGCGGUAAAGUUGUUUUAAUUUGUUAGCGAAGUAGUGUUAGAGAUAUCAAGAAGUCACAAUACUCCCAACCAUUUUUUUUUUAAUUAACGUAGGGUUAGUUUCACCUUACUUUGUCCACUACUAUUGUUCAGUCUUGGGCUCUUGGCUGCACAAGCAGAACAAUGAGCUUUACUGGGGAUCUAAGUUGAUGAUGAAAUAUUUAGUAAAGCAAGUAUGGGAGACAUUGAGGCUUAAAGCAUUAGAGGUCUCAUGGUAUAAGUUGGUAUGGUGCAAGCCUUGCCCCCCGAGAUACAACUUUCUUGCCUGGCUCUUAUUUAAAAAGCCAUUGUCACACGAGACAAGCUGCUAAAGUGGGGAAAGAUUGCAAAUGCAUCUUGUCCAUUGUGUGGUGGGGCAGUUGAGACAAGGGAACAUUUAUUUGUGUAGUGCUCGUUCAUCUGCCAGGUUGCUUCUUGCUGGAGAUGCAAUGUGCUAAAUCAUAGAGACUCAGAUGCAAUGUUGAAUGGUGUUUUAAAUGUAGUAAACAAGGACUCGAGGACAAGUCAUUGGCAUGCCAUGAUUUGGUGCCUCCUAUUGUCUUUUGUGUGGAAAGAACGAUGUGAAGUUGUUCAUGGUUCUGUUUGCAAAAGUUCAGCUAAAUUGGCUAAGUUGCUGCAAGCAGAGUUGUGCUUUAUUGUUGCUGGUCAGAGGGAGUUGCAGGCUGAACUAGUGGUGCUUGGUUACUUAUAGCUGCAACACAUAAUUUUUCUCUAUCUUUUAAUUGUAAGUAGAACCAGAUAGGAAGUAGUAGAUGUAAACAUAAAUCAUAAUAGCAUGGAUCUUAUAAUUAGAUGAUUUUACGAAUCGAUAAUAGAUAUGGGAAACCUAACUCGAUCCAUGACGAGAGCGGCGACGGCGCUGGAGUAGUAAUCACCGGAAUUGAGUUUCUCCCUCUUGACCCCUUUAGGUUUUAGGUUUAGAGAUUUCUGUGAUGGCUAAGAAAUUCUACGUAAUGGGUUGAGAGAGGACCAAUCCUAGGGCUUCUUUAUAUAGACCCACCAUCAGGGUAUAUUAGGAAUUUACCUUUCAUUAACCUAAUCAAUAUAGGAUUUACCUUAUAUAUUAAACCAUUAAGUGAUAAUUACACUUGGGCAACAAUUAUUCCCUAGUGACAUACGGGAAUUGGGCUUACAUUCUCCCACUUGGUCCAUGUGUCAUUAUAUAUCACAAGAUCUAAUAAUAAACAUAAGUGUGCACAUCAUAAGAUAAAUCCAUAAUAUUUAGUUCACCAUAAAGUCAUAAUCAAGUAUGAAAGCUAGAUUAGGAUCAUGGCGGUUCUAUAUCAAUUUAUCGACAUAGUCCCUUCCAUGUACCACAAAACCAGUCUCAUGCUCAAUACGACACAUAACAAGGUAGUCAUAAUGGUCCAACAAUAAUGUCUUCACUAAAGACAAAAAUCUUGU